AUGAGUGAACUUGUAUGGAACGAGACACAUACAACCAAUUCACUGCACACAUAUUGCUAUUGCGAGAAGGACAGAAGUCUGCUUGAUAGAGCCGUUCAAUGUCGAGGUUGCAAAAAUUGGUUUCAUACAAAGUGCACUACCAUUAAAGAUCCUCCAACGACACUCUUUGUGACCAACUAUCAAUUCGAGUGUCAUAACUGCAAUGAACUGAAUGUAGAGAUAUUCGAGAGAACGAUAGCUGGCUGGAAAGACAUUUGCACAGCUGCUUUGGCCAAUUUGACGUUGGAGGCCAUCUUACUCCAAAUUGGAUCAGACAACAAGGAACUACUAGAAAGCAAAAAUGAGGCUGUGAUAGAGCAGUGGCAACCAGAGCAGUACUAUUUCAACAAGAAGGAUCUCGUUCCUUUUGUCGAAAAGCAUUGGGACAGCCUAUGCACUGAGCGAUCGAGAACUCCAACAUGGUGGGCUACUUUGGGGAGCUGUUUAUAUUCGUCAAAGGAUGUGUUUGUUGCAAGAGACGAGAGUGAGAGGUCAGCAGCAUCUGAUUUUCGUCUAGCAGAUGCGAAUCUAUGGCACAUACGGCCCCAUCCAGGAGGAUUGAUACCUCGACUCUCCAACAAACGCAAAGAGCUAUCACCAGAAAUGAAUGGAUCAAUGACGCCCACUACGCCCUCACCUAGAUCAUCGUCGCCAGCGCCAUUAACACCCAAUACAGUGCCUGCUGUGUUUCCUCAAGGCGGAUCAGCCAACACGGAUCAUCCAUUCAAUCGAUUCGGCUUCAAAUACAGUCCUUGUGAACCAUCCAUUCUACGUUUGGUCGCUUAUAGACAGGCAGAGAAUAGUUUAGGCGGAUGUACCAUCAGCAUUCCAGAUAAGAGCUCGUAUGUGUCUGUCACCAAGGACGGAUUGACAGUAACCACAGACAAAGGGUUCCGUAUGUGCAGAGCAAAUGUAGGUGUGAAGGAAGGAAACUGGUUCUGGGAAGCAAGAAUCCAAAAUGCAGCAGGACCUGCUAGUGAUGGAGCUCAUGUGCGUAUUGGCUUUGCCAGAAGAGAAGCAUGUCUCAAUGCUCCUGUUGGAUACGAUGCUUAUGGUUAUGCCUACCGCGACAAAACUGGCGACAAGAUGUUCUGCUCAAGACCUGAAAAGUACGGCGAGCCAUUCCAAUCAGGCGAUGUAAUUGGACUUUACAUCUCGAUUCCACCGAAAAACAAAGCAAAAUUCCAAAGUGCUCUCAGAAGACGUAUACCCAUUGCUUAUAAAGAACGGUUCUGGUUUGAAGAAAAAGAUUACAGGCCCAGUAAAGAGAUGGAGGCACUCGCUGAUCCCUACAGAAAAGAAAAGGAGGAUGAUUAUGAACCCAAAAUUCUGCAUGGAUCGUUCAUUACUGUGUACAAGAAUGGCGUGAAUCAGGGUGUCAUGUUUACUGAUUUGAUAGACUAUGAAGAUUUCGGCCGUCUACCAGAGACGAUCCAGACAAAGCGAGCCAAAAAGAAGAGAAAGCAAUCCAAGAAAGAUCACAAUGGCAAUGCCAUCAAGGACGAUUUCGAUAGUGUGGCACAACAUUGGACUGACGAUCCGCCUGUAGAAGAUGACGGCACAUUGGGCUACUAUCCCGCUGUCAGUGUGUUCAAAGGAGGUGUGGUAAAUUGCAACUUUGGCCCCCAUUUUCAAUAUCCACCCAUUGAUCAGAAAGACUGGAAGCCUCUUAGCGAGCGAUACAACGAGUAUAUGGUAGAAGAGUGCGUGUGGGACUUGGUGGACGAAGUCUCCAGAUCGUUUAAACAUAAAAAGAACUGA